GGCAAGUAUGUAUAUAUCUCGUUAAAUGCCUUUUCGAGGAGUACGAAAUCGCUUCAAUUCCUCGGUGUUAUUUGGAUGAUCGUGACUACUCUCUUUGAAGGAGCCAUGUCAUCCGGAUCUGGAAUCGCACCGCCCCGAAAUACAAUGCUAUGGCGAGCAUUGUGGCCAAAAGAUGGCAAAACCGAUCGAACGACGCAAACACAAGAAUUCGGAUCAGCCUCCAAGUUUACUUUGGAAAACUUUCUGUCUCUUCGCGUCUUACGAACUAAGAUAAGUAUACAUCGUCUUGAUUAUGAUAAAUUUGGCUUGGACCAAAGAUUCAUCGACGAGGCGAAUCGUAUGUUGUGCGAGUAUGACUCCUGGAAGGUAUACUGCGACGGCUUCAAGGACGGGCACGGCAAGAAACGAAAAGAGGGUAAUUUUUUCCUGGCAAAGCUUUAUCAAGAUAGUGCCACAAAGGUCGAAAGCAAAGAAGUCAGCGAGUCUAUCGUGUCAUCCCCUGCAAAUCAUACUAGGUCGCGGGCCCAAAGAAGGGCCCUUAUGGAGGAGCAAGAUCAGUCGCCAACUAAAUUGAAGGCAGACGCGAAUGCAAGCAAGUCGCUGCCAGCUAUACUGAAGGGGUCAAAAAAGCCACUGGCACUCCGGUUGAAAGAUGCGAGAGAGCCGUCUGAUGGCUCCAAAGGGCCACCAAAAACCCCAUCUCCCCCGGCUUCCCCCGCUUCCUACCAGUGGAGGUCGCCAGAUACCCCUGCUUGGAUGCCCAAUGAGACGUUUCCAAAGUCUAUUGAUGAACAGAUCGUCAACACAGCUCUUAUCAAUUUCCUGAAUGCCAUCACAGAGCAUUUCCAGCUUUCCCAGCACUGGACCAUGCACCGGAAAGCAUUCGAGGCCUUUGUCGAAAAGGGAACUAAGAAAGAGAAACUCUAUGAAGCACGAACCGAUGGGUAUCUGGCAGAUGAGAAUGCGAGACGUGUCCGUGCCCUUGUUGAGGUCAAAGCGGCGACUAGGGCCAGCCGCACGCUGGAAAUAUUCAUGCAGGAAAGUGCUCAGAUGGCGGCCUGGAUUCUGGAAUACCCAAACGAGCCUCCGGACCCUCUUGGUCGCCGUUUCCAGGUGCUACAAGACAGAAACGAAAUUUUUCUGAAUUUUGCCAGAUAUGGAAGCAAGUAUCUUUCGUACCUGAGAGGGCAAGGGUCGUUUGACGAAACUGACCCGGAGACUUUCAUGACAAUCUCUGAAGUUGGGCCUUUCAAGACAAGCAGCCUGGGCCACAUGGAAAAGCUAGUUCCGAUCCUCCUUGCACUCACACUUCGCGCUGUUGAGGACGACGAGCAGGAGCUCUUGGUAGCCAAGAACAAGUGGACAGUAUGUAUGGGGUGCUAAACGUGCCACAUACUGGGUACAGCCGAGCCUUGGGGUUUACAGACAAGAAGAAGAAAAAGCGCAUGAACGCACAUAUAUGGUGAUCUUUCUCGAGUUGCCUCGUGUCCAAGAAAUCUUUACUCUACUCAUUUGCUUCUAUAUAUUCACAAGCAUCC